AUGUCUUUGAAACUUCUUCUCUUGGCAACCCUCCUCGGGAUAGCCAGUGCUGCUUGUCCGGACAGUAAUGAUAAGGAAAUCAGAGGAUUCUGUUUUAAGUUUGUUGUUCAAAAGAUGACAUACAAUGAUGCUCGUAAUUGGUUCUACGCUCGUUCUGCAUUUGGCCAGUCUGCUGAAUACUUCUGGAUUGGCCUCAGUAGAAAUGGAUCUUCUGGAUCCUUGACCUGGGAUAACGGAUUCCCAGUGAUUUACACCAACUUUGGCAGCCACGUUCAAAACAACUAUUUCACUGAGAAAAUCUCCAAUUCAAAAUGGGAUACACCAGGAGAUAACGGGAAGAAUUACUUUGUGUGUAGCUACGAUCCCACUGUACAACCAAAAGCUACAACUCCCACAACUACCACAGCAGCCAACGUCAACUGCCCACUUGGUGGCCAGCAAACUGUCUUGUUUGCCUAUUCGAACGAUUUAGUGCCAAGUGUUGUGUUGAACACAUUCAGCAGUUAAUAUUUAAACUCUCAACCCGUAACAAUUGCGAUUUCAAGAUUCGAUACACGUCUGCCACAAAGCAUAAUGUAUUUCAAUGAUUACAACCAAGCCUACUCAUACUUGUCCACUAAUCUACCAGAUUCUACAUUGGGAUACGGAGAUAGUACGAAAGGAAGUAAUGUGUUAGAUGUUAUUAAUACCUUCUACAGCAGCCCCGCUUGUGGAUCAGUUGUCAUAGUUUUAUCGAAACGUUAUCCUAACACCACGGAUAUCUCAAACACAGUGGCUAAAGUUCGUCAAUACCAUGGAAUAGUCAACUUCCUUGCUUCAAAUACUCCAUCAGGUGGCACACAGUCUCGAGUGCUCUUUGAUCUUGCCUCCAAAACGAAUGGAAUUUACUCGAUCGACGAUGACUCAACUUUCUCCUAUUUCAUUGCAUGGAUGCCGCUACGCGAGAGAUAUCCGAUUUAUGCCGUCAAUGCGAAAGUAUCGGGACGCGGGUCUCAGACACUUUCUUCAAUGUCCGUACCACAACCUGCUCAUUAUUUAAUGGUGGUGACAGUUCAGAGCCAUGUGCCAGUUAGCAAUGUUCAAUCAGUCACUCUUGGAUGGCACAACCAAUCUUCCAGCUACUCUGGCAAUUUUGAAACUCAACCUGCGGGCUGGGAAUAUAUCAACAAUAAUGACGAUGGAACACGUGAAACUUUAGACUCGAACGUCUUCAACAUGACCAUCGAUUAUGUUUAUACCAACACUGAUGUCGAAACCAUGCAAAUCAGAUUCUACAGCCAAUACGCCACAACCUAUUGGUUGCCGUAUUCUGAUUAA